AUGCAGUCAUCAGCACACAGGCUCCGAGACAUCGAGCACCACCCCCUGCUGACCGAGAACGACAGCUAUGACUCGUCUUCGUCGUCUUCCUCGUGUGAGGCCGACCCCGCGGACAGGGUGUGGUUCAUCCGGGACAGCUGUGGCAUGGUCUGCACCGUCAUGACCUGGCUCCUGGUCGUCUACGCCGACUUCGUGGUGACGUUUGUCAUGCUGCUGCCUUCCAAAGACUUCUGGUACUCCGUCAUCAACGGGGUCGUGUUCAACUGCCUGGCCGUGCUGGCCUUGUCGUCGCACCUGAGAACCAUGCUCACCGACCCGGGCGCUGUGCCCAAGGGGAACGCCACCAAGGAGUACAUGGAAAGCCUGCAGCUGAAGCCGGGCGAGGUCAUCUACAAGUGCCCCAAGUGCUGCUGCAUCAAGCCGGAGCGCGCGCACCACUGCAGUAUUUGCAAGAGAUGCAUCCGGAAAAUGGACCACCACUGUCCAUGGGUGAACAACUGCGUGGGCGAGAAGAACCAGAGGUUUUUUGUGCUGUUCACGAUGUACAUAGCUCUGUCCUCGGUCCACGCUCUGAUUCUCUGUGGAUUUCAGUUCAUUUCCUGUGUCCGAGGGCAGUGGACAGAGUGCAGUGAUUUCUCACCGCCCAUUACUGUAACCCUGCUCAUCUUCCUGUGCCUUGAAGGUCUCCUGUUCUUCACUUUCACUGCAGUUAUGUUCGGCACCCAGAUCCACUCCAUAUGCAAUGACGAGACGGAGAUCGAGCGAUUGAAGAGUGAGAAGCCCACGUGGGAACGGAGGCUGCGCUGGGAGGGGAUGAAAUCUGUCUUUGGGGGGCCCCCCUCGCUCCUCUGGAUGAACCCCUUCGUGGGAUUUCGGUUCAAGCGGCUGCAGACAAGAGCCCGGAGAGGCGGCCCGGAGUUCUCAGUAUGA